CUUUCCACUUUCACUGUGGCAACCCCCGCCCAGUCUUCUCCUCCACAAGCUCUCCACCGUCCUCUCCAAUCACCACUAAGCUCACCUCCUCCACUAGAUCGAAAAUCAAAUUCAUUCAUCUAAAUUCUCCUCGUCUUUCUUCUUCGGCCUCCCAAUUUGUUCGUUCCCAGCAUGAGAGAAGCUCGUGACUUUCUCGUUGUCAAUCGAUCCCAACAACCAUUUAAUUCCUCUUCCCACUUCUAUAUCGAAUUUAUUUCCUUAAUUUUCACUGGAGAUCCAGCGUUCUAGUAGGUUACCUGCUAGUCGCACUUGGUUGUUCUUCAGACAAAGCUGACCCAGACCCAUCAUGGACGGUAUCAACACUAAACAAAUCACAGAUACCACUUGCUCCACCGUCGCCGGAGGCCUCUUCGUGCUCCUAUCCGACGAUAUCAUCCUCAACAUCUUCGCCAACCUGGAGUCUGACCCACGCGACUGGGCUCGACUAGCCUGUGUUUCCACCCGCUUCGCCUCCCUCUUACGCAACGUCUGUUGCCGAGACAAGUGUUUCCGUUCCUUACCAUCCCUAGUAUCCGACCUGGGGACAAAGCCCCCAUCCGGUCCUCCCGGAGGCUGGGCUGCCCUUCACAAGAUCUCCGUUUGCUGCCCUGGUCUCCUCCGCGCCGGAGUCCUUCUCGAAAACUCCGACUUUGGACUAGAACGAGAGAUUGGUCCGGAUGAGAAUUACAUCUGCCGGUCGCCUGCGCCACUCCUUCCCCCCGUCUUCGCUGAAGCGACCACCACCGCCGCUGCCACAACCACCGCCACCACCACCACCAUCACAGCUAAUACGCCUUCCCUUUCUCCUUCCGAUUGCUGGUCUUUGUUUGACGAUCUGUACUUUGAUACCAUCUAUGAUAUCUCCGAAACUCAUGAUUCAACUCCCUCUCCACCUGAAAAUGAAAAUCUAUUCCACGAAAUGCCCCUUACAAAUUACCAGGAAAUUUCAAAGAAGAGAAAGAUCGAUGGUGUUUACAGCAGCCCGGUGAAUGCCCAUUUGGCCUCAGGAGCUUGGAAUCUAAGCAGGGAACAAGGAAGCAAGUUACUGGCCACCAGAUUCAGGAAUGAUUCCCUUUAUAUAUGUGACUGGCCUGGAUGCAUCCAUGUUGAGGAGAAGCGGAAUUAUAAGCUAUUUAGGGGUCUGUUUAAGAAUUUCAAGCACUCUAGGGUUUGGAGAACUAUAAAUGAUAGCAAAAGGAGCAAGAUUGGGCUGAACUGUGCCUUCUGUGAUUGUAAAGAAAUUUGGGAUCUUCAUUCUGCCUUCUGCUUGAGGACAGUGUUUGGCUUCCAUGAUGAUGGAGAGCCUGUUGUUCGAGCUUACGUCUGUGAGAAUGGACAUGUUUCAGGGGCGUGGACGGACAGGCCAGUGUUCUCAUGAAGAGUAUGCCAUGGGAUUUGGAUUUCAUUAAUAUUUGCUUUUGAUAUAUCCGAUUUGACUCUGUGCAUUUCUUUUUUAGUUUACUUGUUUAAUUGGAUCUUCUGUUUCUGAUACAAAUUAAAAGUUUGCCUAUAUAUUCAGGGGUCUGCUAUGGUAUAUUAUA